GACAUGAAUUUCCUCAUGGCUUUGAUCAUCAACGGGCCCAUCAAAUCCUUCUGCUACCGCCGGCUGCAGUACCUGAGCUCCAAGUUCCAGAUGCACGUGCUGCUCAACGAGAUGAAGGAGCUGGCGGCCCAGAAGAAGGUGCCCCACCGCGACUUCUACAACAUCCGCAAGGUGGACACCCACAUCCACGCCUCGUCCUGCAUGAACCAGAAGCAUCUCCUGCGUUUCAUCAAGCGAGCCAUGAAGAAGCACCUGGAUGAGAUUGUCCAUGUGGAGAAGGGCAAGGAGCAGACACUCAAGGAGGUCUUCGAGACGAUGAACCUCACUGCCUACGACCUGAGCGUGGACACGCUGGAUGUCCAUGCGGACCGCAACACCUUCCACCGCUUCGACAAGUUCAACGCCAAGUACAACCCCAUCGGUGAGUCCAUCCUGCGGGAGAUCUUCAUCAAGACGGACAACCGCGUCUCGGGGAAGUACUUCGCCCACAUCAUCAAGGAGGUGAUGUCUGACCUGGAGGAGAGCAAGUACCAAAAUGCCGAGCUGCGGCUCUCCAUCUACGGCCGCUCCCGGGACGAGUGGGACAAGCUGGCUCGCUGGGCCGUCAACCACCGCGUCCAUUCCAACAACGUCCGCUGGCUCGUGCAGGUGCCCCGGCUCUUCGAUGUCUACCGGACGAAGAAGCAGUUGGCCAACUUCCAGGAGAUGCUGGAGAACAUCUUCCUGCCCCUCUACGAGGCCACCAUCCACCCUGCCCAACACCCAGAGCUGCACCUCUUCCUGGAACACGUGGACGGCUUCGACAGCGUGGAUGAUGAAUCCAAACCAGAGCAUCACAUCUUCAACCUGGACAGCCCCUUACCGGGCAACUGGGUGGAGGAGGACAACCCCCCCUACUCCUACUACAUGUACGCCAACAUGACGGUACUCAACCACCUCCGACGGAAGCGAGGCUUCCACACCUUCGUCCUGCGCCCACACUGCGGCGAGGCCGGCCCCGUCCAUCACCUCGUCUCGGGCUUCAUGGUCUCAGAGAACAUCUCCCAUGGCUUGCUGCUCCGCAAG